UUGACCACUCGCUCGUCUCGCAAUCUUAACCUGCAUGCAUUUAUAUAUUUUUCGUUUAUUACAUAGCAAAAAUAUAUUAUUAUUAUUAUUAUUAUUAUUAUUAUUAUUAUUAUUAUAUGAUACGUUUUGAGUGGCUGCAUAUUGAACUUGCCUUGACAGGAAAAUCGGUGACAGCGACAUCUUGAGGCGGCGGGAGCUAACUGUCCAGGUUAGCGAGCCGGUGGCUAACUGGUAACUGUGAAGCUAACGUUAGCUAGCCAACCCCGUUUGCGGACACGUCUACACACACAGUCCGCUGCUGCUGGAUACUAGACACAUGUUGAACUGGUGGUGGAAGAAAUGCUAGCUACGAAUGAGGAUUUAACUGGCUUUCGCACGUACAGAAAUUGAGCUCCCGGCCCAGCCAUGUUCGGCACAGAGUCCUCAUUAAGCAUGUUUCUCAACACCCUGACACCCAAGUUUUACGUGGCUCUGACGGGCACUUCCUCCCUCAUAUCAGGACUCAUAUUGAUAUUUGAGUGGUGGUAUUUCAGGAAAUAUGGGACCUCCUUCAUAGAGCAGGUGUCUGUGAGCCACCUGCGCCCCCUGCUGGGCGGAGUGGACAGCAGCUCCCCCAGCAACUCUAACACCAGUAAUGGAGAGGCCGAUUCCAAUCGACAAAGUGUUUCUGAAUGUAAAGUAUGGAGAAAUCCGCUGAAUUUAUUUCGUGGAGCCGAAUAUAAUCGAUAUACGUGGGUAACAGGUCGAGAGCCGCUGACAUACUAUGAUAUGAACCUGUCGGCACAAGACCAUCAGACCUUCUUUACUUGUGACUCAGACCACCUCCGGCCUGCUGACGCCAUUAUGCAGAAGGCAUGGAGAGAGAGAAACCCACAGGCUCGCAUCUCUGCAGCACAUGAAGCUCUGGAGCUCGAAGAAUCCCGGUCCUCUCCUCCUCUCCUCUCCUCCUGUAGUUGCGCGACAGCUUACAUUCUGUUAGCAGAGGAAGAAGCUACAACCAUCAUGGAGGCUGAACGUUUGUUUAAACAGGCGCUAAAAGCUGGAGAGGGCUGCUAUCGGCGCAGCCAACAGCUCCAACAUCACGGCACACAGUAUGAAGCCCAGCACAGAAGAGACACCAAUGUAUUGGUGUACAUAAAAAGAAGACUGGCCAUGUGCUCCAGAAAGCUUGGCCGAACACGAGAAGCAGUUAAAAUGAUGAGAGAUUUAAUGAAGGAGUUCCCUCUCCUCAGUAUGUUCAACAUCCAUGAGAACCUGCUGGAGUCGCUACUAGAGCUCCAGAACUACGCCGACGUCCAGGCCGUAUUGGCCAAGUACGACGAUAUUAGCUUACCCAAAUCUGCAACAAUAUGCUACACAGCAGCCUUGCUCAAAGCCAGGGCGGUAUCGGACAAAUUUUCUCCAGAGGCAGCAUCCAGGCGAGGGCUAAGCACAGCAGAGAUGAACGCAGUAGAAGCCAUCCACAGAGCGGUGGAGUUCAACCCUCACGUCCCCAAAUAUCUGCUGGAGAUGAAGAGUCUGAUUCUUCCUCCAGAACACAUCCUGAAGAGAGGGGACAGCGAGGCCAUUGCCUACGCCUUCUUCCACCUGCAGCACUGGAAAAGGGUAGAGGGGGCGCUCAACCUGCUGCACUGCACCUGGGAGGGCACGUUCAGAAUGAUCCCAUAUCCUCUGGAGAAGGGUCACCUGUUCUACCCCUACCCCAUCUGCACAGAGACGGCCGACAGAGAGCUGUUACCCACAGUGUUUCACGAGGUGUCAGUCUACCCUAAGAAGGAGCUGCCCUUCUUCAUCCUCUUCACAGCCGGUCUCUGCUCCUUCACUGCCAUGCUGGCUCUGCUCACACACCAGUUCCCUGAACUCAUGGGAGUGUUUGCUAAAGCUUUCCUCAGCACGCUGUUUGCUCCUCUGAACUUCAUCAUGGAGAAGGUGGAGAGCAUCCUGCCGUCCAGCCUCUGGCACCAACUCACCCGCAUCUGACCCAGACCGACUGGACUGGACCAGAAUCAGACCCAGGACCAGGAGCAGACCUCCAUCCAGACGGAAACAGCUGAACUGAAACCCAGAACGCUGCGUUGGGCUUGACUGACGCACCUUUGUGCCAAGAUUAGCGAGUUCAAACCAAACUGAGGACGACGAGGAGAGGAGGCAUGAAACAAAAAAGGCAAAACAAUGGAAUCCAGAAUUGGUUUUGACUUUAUUUGAUAUGUUCGCAUUUUGGGGGGGGUUUUCAAUCAUUUAAAGCUGUUCUUUUGUUGUACAAAAAAAAGGUGAUCAAUUGCCAUCAUUAAAAAAAAAAAAGUGAAAAGACUAAAUACAAUAAAGGACUUUUUGUGUAUUGCUGCAA